CUCACUCCCACGUCAAUUGUCCGGAACAAUUUGACCUUUCCCUCGUUUUGCAUAUUUUAUUUAAGUUUCAAACAUCCCAACUCGACAUGUUCUCCAAGUCCAGUGUGGUUGGUGCCACAGUAUUCUUCGCUGCUGUGGCCCAGGCUCACAUGAUCAUGAACCAUCCUGUCCCUUACGGAAAGUCGUCCCUCACCAACUCCCCUUUGGCCAGUGAUGGCAGUGACUUCCCUUGUAAGCUUCGCGAUGGUGUAUAUGACUGGCCGGCUGAGGAUGAGAUGAACUACUUCGAGACGGGAGUGUCCCAAGCUCUGAACUUUACCGGCAUGGCCGUCCACGGCGGUGGCUCUUGUCAGAUCAGCUUGACCACCGACAUGGAGCCAACCAAGAGCACUGUCUGGCAAGUCAUCAAGUCCUUCGAGGGCGGCUGUCCUGCGAACGUUGAUGGUAACCUGGACGGGGAUGCGUCGACUCCGGAUCCCUACCAGUUCAACUUUACCAUUCCUACUGAUUUCUCCGCCGGCAACUAUACGCUGGCAUGGACCUGGUUCAACCGUGUGGGUGGCCGUGAGAUGUACAUGAAUUGCGCACCUAUUACUGUUACAGAGGGCUCUUCCCAGAAGCGCGCCGUUGCCAAGCGGAGCAGCUACCCUGACCUCUUUGUCGCCAACAUUAACGGCUGCAUCACCCCCGAAGGCGUGGAUAUCCGCUUUCCCAACCCUGGUGACGUGGUUGAAUACGACGGUGAGGCAUCUCGUCUCGCGGCCCCCGAUGCUGCAGCCUGCACAGGUGUGUCUACCGUGUGGGGCGGAGGCAGCUCCACCACAGCAGCUGCAUCCGCCUCAUCUACCACGACCACUGCGCUUACGGGCACAAUAAUUGCCACUGCCCCCGCCAUGGCAAUUGAGACUUCCGCCGCGACGUCAUCGGCUGAGAGCCGUACCCGCACCACUACUGCUGCUCCAGCUGCUACUAGUACCGACACAACCGGAGCACGUCCCAACGAACACCAGCAGAAUGCCGUUCACACCACCUCGACCGCCACGACGACUGCCAGCGACUCUACCUCCACCAGUGCCACUCUCUCAGGUGUACUCACCGGGGCCUGCAGCCCUGAAGGGUCCUGGUGGUGCAACGCUGGCGUCUCCUUCCAGCGCUGCGCUAACGGCGUCUGGACUCCGGCCCAGGACAUGGCGCCAGGAACAGUCUGUAUGGCGGGUCAGUCUUCUGAUCUCACGAUCUCUCUCGCUAAGAAGCGUCGCGAGGAGCAGCGUAUGCGUCGUCGCCACCUUGCUUAAGUGAUAUCAGUAGGCUGGUGGUGUGAGUGACGAGUAUGCAGGGGUUGAUGACCACCCUUCCUUAUUUCUUUGCCCCCUCAGUAUAGGUCAGGAAUAGCUUGUGCAGAC